AUGUCAGGCAUUUUGAGGAAAGCCUGUUCGAACGGGAAAGCGGCGAAGGGAAUAGAAGAACCGAGUGCAGUGAAAUUACUCUCUGGUCGGGAUGUGGAGGGUGAGGAAGAGUCAACAGACACCGAUGAGGAAGGAACAGAUUCCGGCGACGAGAGCAAAAGCGGAGAGGAGGAAGGGGAAGACAAGGGAGAUACAGGGGAAGAAGAAGGGGAGGUGGGAGAGGAUGAGGAGGAUGGAGAAGACAGCGACGAGGAGGAAGCAGAUGAGCGAGAAGAAAGCCAAGGGUUUAGGAUACUAGGUCCUGAGAAGCCGCCUAAGAAUGUCCCCGCUGUUUCAAAUCCAGGGAUUCAGCCUAGUUCAGCGUCCGCGUUAAACCCGGUCAGAAGCUUCGACGAAAUGGGACUGGAUCCGCGUCUGCUGCGCGGGCUGGUGAAGCGGCGUCUGCUGAAGCCGACUCCCGUACAGCAGUACUGCGUGCCGCUUGCUAUGGAGGGGCGCGACGUGGUGGCGAUGGCGCACACGGGGUCGGGCAAGACCCUCGCGUACCUGCUGCCGCUGCUGCACCGCGUGCUCGCCGACAAGGACUCCGCGCCCGCCGCCGCUGGCGCGGGGGGGACCUGUCCGCGCGCAGUGGUGCUGGUGCCCACGCGCGAGCUCUGCCAGCAGGUGCGCGGAGGAGGGCACAGGGAGAAGGAGGGCGAGAGAUUGUUGGGAAAGGGCAGGUGCGCGUGGCUGGGGGAGGGCGGAGUAGAAGUAGGGCGAGAGAUUGUUGGGAGAGAGGGAGUGGGGAGGGAGCGGGUGGUAGAGAUUUGGGCAGGAGAAGAUGCAUGCGUUUGGUUGAGUAUGCUGCCACCGUUUGACCCGCUGCACUGUUCCCGCAUGAUCCCUGUCAACCGGCCAUGGCACUGGCAGGUGGCGGAGGAGGUAGCAGCUAUGGGGCAGUACUGCGGGGGUGCACUAACCGUACAGCGCCUCACCACCGGCAUGAACAAUGCUGCCAUGAGAGCGGCCAUGGAGAGGCGACCAGACGUGGUGGUGGCAACGCCAGCGCGCAUGGCGGCGUGUGUGGCGGAGGGUGUGCUGUCGCCCUCGGCGCUCAAGACACACCUCGCUGUCAUGGUGCUGGACGAGGCGGAUGUGCUUUUAUCGCACGGCUACUACAGUGAGGUGCAGGCCAUAGCACGCCACGUGCCUGUCAGCUGUCAGUGCCUCCUCCUCACCGCCACCUUCAGUGACGACAUAGAGCGAUUGCAGAAGUUAGUGCUGCACAAUCCAGUGGUCGUGCGACUAGGAGACAGCUCAGGUCUCCUUGAGGAUGCCCAGGGGGGUGCUGGGAGUGUUGGUGGUGUGGGUUUGGGCGUGGAAGGACAGGCAGUAGCAGAGGCAGCUGCUGCAGGUGCAGGAGAGGCAGCAGAAGCAGGUGCAGGAGGUCAGAGUAACCAGAACCAGUCUCUCCUGCCGCCCAAUAUCCGCCAGUUUGCCGUCCGCUGCGAGGAAAAGGACAAGCUACUCCACCUGCUCGCGCUGAUUCGCCUGCAGCUGCUGCAGAAAAAGGUUCUCAUUUUCACCUCCACUGUCGAAGCCGGAUUCCGGGUGAAACUUUUCCUCGAGCAGUUUGGCAUCCGGGCAGCCGUUCUAAAUUCCGAGCUGCCCGUCGCGUCGCGGCUGCACAUUCUGCACGAUUUCAACGCCGGAAAGUUUUUCUUCCUCAUUGCCACAGACGACGACAAUGGGGGGCUCUCAGCGAAAAACGGGGGGAAAGGGGGGAAAGGGGGGAAAGGGGGGAACAAUAAUGGAAGGGGUGAUUCUGGUCGAGACUCUAAACGAUGUAGAGUACGGAUAGCAGAGGGAGGGGAGGGAGGGCGGGAAGAGGGAGAAGAGGAGGUGGAGAGGGAUACGGGGGAGUAUGGAGUGGUGCGGGGGAUAGACUUCAAGAACGUGAGGACAGUGAUCAACUACAGUGUGCCGAACCAGCUUGCGCCGUACGUCCAUCGGGUGGGGAGGACCGGCCGAGCCAGCAGCGUUGGCAUGGCAAUAACCCUGGUGUCCCCUAAAGAGGCGCCGCUAUUGGAGGCUCUUGACAGGAAGAUUGCCCAGUCCAUGGCACGUGCGGGCGGCGAGAAGGGCGGCGAGGAUGGCAAGAAGGGCGGCACGCAUGGCGGCGUGGAGCAUGGGGUUAAAGGGGAGAGUGGGAGUGGUAGCAGUAGGAAGCGAGCAAGGGAAGCAGAGGAUGAGGAGGGGGAGGAGAGUGAAGAGGAGGGAGAAGUGGAGGAUGACGAGGAAGAGGGUGAGGAGGAAGGAACAGAUGAGGAAGAGGAGGACGGCGAGGAGGAACAGGAGGAGUCAGAAGAAGAAGAGGAGUCAGACGAUUCAGAGAAAGAGGAAGACGACGACGAAGAGGAGCCAGCAAAGCCGAAGCCAUACGAGUGCAGGGCGAUCGUGCCGUACCCGUACCUGCCCAGGGAGGGCGUUGAGGCACUGCGGUACCGCGGGGAGGACGUGGCAGGGAAGAUCACCCGCGUGGCCAUCCGCGAGGCGAGAGCCAAGGAGCUGCGGUGGGAGAUUCUCAACUCGGAGAAGCUCAAAGACCACUUUGAUCUCAACCCCAAGGACAGAGGUGCGUGCACUUGUGCCUCAUUCUCCCUUCCUUCCCCUCAUUCUCCCUUGUGCACCCGCCCUCCGCUUCUUCCUUUGGCACAUGCACGUGGUCAUGCGGGAGGGGGUGGGAGAUUCUCCAUUUGGAGAAGCUCAAGGACCGCUUUAUCUCCUCACCAGCUUCCCUGA